AUGGCCGAUUCAGAAGACUUGUCGCUCCCAGGAGACGUGGGCUUAGACAAUGGCGACGACUCGAUAAACGAUGCGCCCUCCAUGGCUGGUGCUGAUGCUGUGGAUGAUGGGUCGCUCGACGAUAGUGACGGCACUGAUCGUCACCUUACGCCCGCCCCUAUAGGAAAUGGCUCUGUCGGGAAUAGAUAUCGCGAGAUUAUGCAGCAGCAACAUCAGGAUAGCUCAGAUGUGAGCUCUUUAGGUGGAAGCUCAUUGCAUGGUCUCCCAAAGCGAGCAGGGAGUCCGAUAGAUUCGGUCCUUUCGGGACCUGACGAUACACCAUCCAUUCAAGGAUCAUUUGUUUCCUCACCCGGAAGCAGCGUUCUCCCAUCUGUAGCUUCUCGUCCCGGCCUAAGCAGUCCCUCACCAUCAUUCCGACCUUUCGAUCGACGAUUCCAAUCGCGAAUUUCUUCCUCCAAUAUAAAUACUCCUCGCUCAUCGUCUCCGGCAUUUCCCUUUCUUUCUAGCCACAGCCGUAAUGUCUCUCUAAGCUCACAAUUCCUCCUCGACCAAGCCGAUCUCGAAACACCAACGCCGCCAUGGGAAGUUGUUCGUUGGACCAAGCUACGGAAACUCAACGGCCAUGCAUUCUCCGAAGCAGGAAAACGAAACUUUGGAUCACCGACGUGUCUUGCAGUUUCAGCAACGAUCGUACUCGGAACGUCCAAGGGUAUUAUAUUAGUAUUUGAUUAUAACCAAAACCUCAAAAUGAUCAUUGGACCAGGAACAAAAGCUGUUGAGUCUGGACCAAUUACUGCCAUAGCGAUAUCUGCAGAUCAUACUACAAUUGCAGGAGGACAUGCCAGCGGCAAUAUCUUUACUUGGGAUACAAGUCGCGCCUCAAGACCAUUUUUGGCAAUACCUCACUUGGAGCCUGCGCAGCUUCAGAACCGCACGGUGGAUGGGCAUGUGCCUGAUGUCGCCAUUGUUCAUCUCGGCUUCCUAGGAACUCGCCAUACAGCACUUGUUUCAGCCGAUAACCGGGGAAUGGCCUUCUCGCAUCUUGCAACUAGAGGAACAGGUGCACUUGGAAGGACUGUGAAGACUCAUCGAAUUCUUGGUCGGUAUCCAGAUGCGCCAUUACCUGCGGGCAAGGCAGUCAAGCCCAGCACCGUCCUUGCGUUUGCGCCUCUGCCCCUGGGCAAUGUUGAGUGUUCGACAGAUACUCUUGGUUUGACAGCUAUGCUGACACCCUAUCUCCUUGUCAUCGUUUCGACUACACCUGUAGCGCAAACUCAACACAAGUCGGCGCGACCUAAAGAUGUUCCUCCCCACAGCGCUAUGACAGGAUGUUUGGCAUGGUUCCCGGCUGUCAAGCUCAAAGUGCUAGAUCCUCAUACCGGAAGUGAUAUUUCAAAAGUGAAACUUGCUUACUGUUGGUCGAACAUCCUGACAGUGCUAGACGUGGACGAAUAUCCCCGUGAGGACACAGACCAACCUCCAUCAUACAGAUUUAAAGCACGAAAUCGAUGGAAGUGCGAAGAGGCUAUUGUUGCCGUUCAAUGGCUUAGUCGUUCAGUUCUGGCUGUCCUAACCAUAUCUCAAAGAAUGAUUGUUCUUGAAGACAGAAGCAUGCGAAUGACUGAAGGAUUUGAUCUGGUACAGAAGUACAUAUACCACGCAGACUUAUUCUCCGAGCAGUUACAUACCCUCGUGGAACAACUUGACGAGAAUGAUUCCUCUAUGCAUGGAGUUGUAGCCGAUGCCUUUUAUAUGAGCUUCAAAGCCUACAAGGGCAGAAUAUUUCUCCUCGGUUUUAAUGAAGUCUCCAUUGGGGCGUUGUCGAACUGGGCAGACCGACUUAUCGCUAUGAUGGAGAACGGUGACUACAUGGGCGCCAUCCAACUUGCUACCUCAUAUUAUACUGGCGAUGCCGAUAAGCUUACUGUUGGACUGCCAGAAGAUUCCACUCUGCGUCACACUAUGGUUCGCGACAAGAUUAUGGAGAUUAUUGGCGCUUCCUUGAAGUACGCCUUUGGUCAACGCGAAAAGGAGCCUGAGAGUUAUGACGACGAUCACAUGAAGCAGUUAGCGGAUACAUGUUUUACUGCUUGCCAAGCUGUGGGCAACCAAGACUUUCUCUUUGAGGAGAUGUAUGAAUGGUACGAAGACGCUGACAUCGCCGGUAUCUUUCUCGAAUGUCUCGAGCCCUGCAUCCUUGAAAAGACGAUCACCAUGGUGCCGCCAAGUAUCGUUAAAGAUCUGGUCCAGCACUACGUCAGUCGAGGAUGGGAGAGUAGACUCGAGGAGAUGAUCUGUCACAUGGAGACGGCAACCCUUGAUCUUGACCAGACGACUCUUCUGUGUAAGCAACACAGCCUAUACGAUGCUCUUAUAUACGUUUGGAACCAGGGCAUUGGCGACUAUAUCACGCCUAUGAUUGAUCUCCUUUCGCUGCUGAUUCCUCUCAUGGUCGAUGGCGACUUCACAGCCAACAACCCAGCAGAUGACUUUUUUAGCAUCAAUGCCUUCAAGAUCUUCCCUUACCUGUCUUAUACAUUGACAGGAAGAGUGUAUCCAAACGAUCAGACGAUGAGCGAAGAGAUGGCUACAAGGGCCAAAUCUGAAAUCUACUGGUUUUUCUUUUCGGGAAGAACAAUAACGUGGCCCAAAGGCAGCAGGAAUGAGUUUCGCACCAUCCCCAACUCCGAUUCACAGCCAUCGUUCCCAUAUCUUCGUAUGAUUCUCAAGUUGGAUGCUCCUAGCUUCCUGAGCGCGUUGAACGAAGCUUUCGAAGACUCGUUCUUGAACGACUCGAAUGAUCACCACAUGAACGGCAGUUCCAAGGGCGACCUGCCUGAGGAGCAGAUCUUUGGGCAGACCAUCAACCGACAAUACGUGCUGUCUAUCUUGCUGGAUGUCAUGAAUCCCAACGAUUUUGCGCCAGAGGAUACCAUCUAUCUUGACAUGUUUAUCGCACGAAAUCUUCCAAAGUUCCCUCAGUAUCUACUGUUUUCAGGCACAACACUGUCACGUGUUUUGACUGGACUAUGCAAUUACCCAGGUCAGGAUUUAGCGGAGGAUGCACAGCUCAGUGCUGAGUAUCUCCUUUCUAUAUACCAUCCAUCAGACAUGCCAGAUUUGAUGCCGUUGUUCAAGAACGCAGGGUUUUACCGUAUUCUGAAGCGCAUAUACAAGACAGACAAGCAGUACGACAACCUUUUGCAGACCUACUUCGAGGACUCAGAGGAUCAGGAGCUAGUGUUCGACUGUCUGCGCGAGUGUCUACGACCUCAGUCAGGACUUACUGGACGUCAGACCCAAGAAGUGCUCAAGGUCGUCAGAGAGCAUGCACGGGACUUGCUUGAGCUUGAGCCCACGCUCACGGCAAAGACACUCGCCGAGCAAGAUGUGGCGCUUCACCAGCAUGUGGUUGACUCGGCGCAAGAUGUACCAGACUUGCAGCACACAUAUCUCAAGACUCUUUUGGAGCCGGAAGAGCCCACAGCAGACACAAGAUUGACUACCGCUCGUGACCUGGUAGAACAAUACGUACAGCUCAUGUGUAAGUAUGAGCCAUCUCAUGUCUCAGAUUAUGUGGGCAUUGUGCAGUCGACCGACUUGAGAUUGGAGAAGCUCCUGCCUACAAUGGAGGACACAGGCGUUAUCGAUGCAGCCGUGGUGCUGAUGGCUCGCGAAGGUCAAGUCAAGGAUGCCAUGGACCGACUUAUAAAGCAUCUCAAGACACUUGAAUCGGCUAUGCAUGGACUCUUGACUGGUGCCGAGGAACGAAAUUCGGGACCAAGUCUUGGCUACGCCGCAGAAGAACUCUUUGAGGGUCUUCAGAAGUAUGUCCAUGUUGGUAUAUGGUUGUGUCAAGGCCAGACCAAGUCUUCGUCUAAAAAGUCAAAGGUGGUCCAAAAGGGUUCCAAGUCAGCAGUUGAGACACUUUCUUCCGAUGAGGCUCUUUGGCUAAGCUUGAUUGAGGCAUGUGUGCAGAUCACGAAAGACCUGUCCCCUGCACUGAACUCUGCUGCUGAGCAAAACACCAGUGAUGAUGAAUUUAAUGAGGAGAAGCUCGUGGCUCUUUUGCGCUCACUAGUUCAGCACACAUUCACAGCGCUGCUCACAACCACAUCUAGUCAGACAACCUCACAACCAGGGUCGAAACUUCUAUCGAACGCCAGUUCCAACUUGUCCUUCUUGCGUAUAUUGAGGGCAUUCUUGACACAGGCAGCUGCUUCAUCGCCAAACUUGGCAGAUCUACGAGGUGUGCUUGCAUCUAUCUUUUCGGCAUAUGCGUACGAGGAGUCGAUAUUGAAGCUGUCGAACCGUCUGUUGGAACGUAGUUUGUUCGUGGACGUCAACCAGUCAGUCGAACUCCGCCAACGUGGUUGGAGGCCAAGAGGAUCAACCUGCGAGGCAUGCAGUCGAAGGGUGUGGGGACCUGGUGUUGCAGGAACAUCGGUGUUUGAAGCAUGGGAAGAUAAGCAAGCCAUUGAGGAAAAGAGGAGGAAAGAAAGACAGGCCGAUGCAGCAGAACGUGCCAAGGGCGAUGACGGCGAAACAGAUCUCAAGGCUAAGGGUAAGGGAGUCGACACAAGGCCUUCGAGCAUGCUCAUCGAAGCAAACGCUACUAGUGGCGUGAGCAGUAAUAAGGAUAAGCCGAUGGGGCCAUUGGUGGUGCUUGCAUGUCGGCACAUCUACCAUCAGAGCUGUCUAGAUGAGUUGCAAGAACGGCAGCAGAACGGGGGCGUGAUUGGUGUUGAGAGGGAGUAUAGAUGCCCGAUUGACGGGUGA